AUGUCUCAGAUAAUCCAGAGCCCCUCACCAAAUCUGGAGCCAGGUUUCCCCGUGACUAACCUGACCCUGGUGGUGCUUCUGCUGAUCCCCUGCGUGGUGGUUCUGCUGCUGCUCAACUGCCUGUUUCUGGGCUACAAGUUCCUGAUCCUGUCCCAGAAGAAGGGGGACGGGGAGGAGAUGCUGCUGGAUUCCUGCUCCCUGCAGGGACCCACGAGGCUCUCUGGGGGGGGUUUCCCCGCUUUACAGGACGUUAGAAGAGCUUAUUUGUCUCUAUCCGAGCCCAUUUUACAACACCCGGUCACCUCAUCCCGGGCUUCGUCCAGGGAAAGGGUCGGUGGUGGGGUGGAGCACCGGAUCCUGCUCCUGAGGCCAGAUGGGGCCACAGGGUCUCUGAGGGCUCCGAGCCCUAUCCGGGCCCCCUCCUCUGCGGCGGAGUUCAGCCCGAGAAUGCACCUCCACCCCCGGUCACAAAGCACCGGGACUCAGCUGUGGGGUAAAAGCGCUCCGGUGUUACCGCAGUCCAGCGACUCUGAGGCCGAGACCAGAGUGAACCUGGUGCCGCCGAACUCUCCCACGCAGGAGGUCCAACAUGAGGGUCACCUGCGUCGCAGCAGCACUCACCAGAUGCUGAGGGACCUGAGUCCAGGUGUAGCCGUGCUGGUGUUUGAUAAGGCGGAGAUGGAGUGUGAGUUCAGUAACGCUCCGUCAGAGGAGUCCGGUCUGAACUCGUCUGCAGUCGGACCGGGACUGGACAGCGACUUCGGAGCCAGUGCAGGAGUGUCCUUGAGGAUCCUGUCUGCUGACAGCGACGGCCUCUCUAACGGCUUCCUGUCCUCGGCUCUGGAGUGGGAUUACUACGACCCGUGCUACGUAAAACAGAACAACGUGCACAAACACAAGCACCACCGCCCCGCCGUGCACUCCAAACAGUACUGGGUGUAA